GAUAAUUUCCUGAGUCUUCGUCAACUCAUUGAAGUGAACGGUUCAAAAUAAAGACAGGAAAAUGCUGAAUUUUCCCAAAAUUUUCUGUAUAUUGUCCAUUUACUGGGGGUACAGUGAUGCAGGUUUAAUUGGGGAUCUGCUAGAUGGUGUGGGAGAUGUGGUAGUACCGAGUGGCCCCGAAAACAUAGGAGAUAAUUUGGAACUGUGUGGUUUAGAAAUGCCUGAACUUGCUGAGUAUUAUAGAUAUGAAGUGGACACAGAAAGUGUAACAACAGAAGACGGCUAUAUUCUCACUGUGCAUUGCGUUUUUAAUUCGACUGCACUGAAUCCUGCUCUCAAUCCGGUCAUCGCAUGGCAUGGUCUUAUGGCUGACUCUAGUUCAUUUGUCUUAAAUUAUCCGGAUCAAUCCUUAGCAUUCUUGUUAGCUGAUAUAGGGUAUUAUGUAUGUUUGCCGAAUGCACGUGGAAAUGGCUACUCACAAGGCUAUGUCAACGCAAGCAGAAAUUCAGAUAUUCCAGUUGGUCCGUACUGGCAAUUUUCCUGGGAUCAAAUUGCUCAAUUUGAUGUACCAGCUGUUAUUGACGCUGUUUUGAAUUGGACUGGAAAAUCGAAAGUUAUCUACAUCGGUCAUUCACAAGGGUCUACAACGAUGUUUGCUUUACUUUCUUCGAACCCAAAAUACAACGAGAAAAUUUCCAUUUUUGUCGGACUUGCACCAGUCACAUAUUUCAGUCAUACUACAAGUCCUCUCUAUGUGGGUGCUAAUCAGCUCGAAACUGUAUUGGGCGCUACUUACGGAUCUCAAUUUAUACCGAGCACCAAUCUACAAGGUUUGCUGCAGUUUAUCGUUUGUACACUUCCAACAGAAACAUUAUGUGAAAAUUUACUAUUUUUGGCAUUUGGUUACAGUUCGCAUAUGGACGAAGAUCGACUACCAGUUUAUAUGUGUCAUUCACCAGCAGAUUUCGCGUGGGGUCAAUUCUUGCAGUAUGCACAACUAGUGAAAGUAGAUAAAGUUCAGAAAUAUGAUUUUGGGUGGAGUAACAUUCAGAUGUAUGGCCAACCGUCACCACCACAAUACGAUCUAACAAAAGUGACCGCACCAGUGGCUCUAUUCCAUUCUGAUGCAGACUUAACAACCGUUGAUGUAGACGUUGAGAAACUGAAAUCGCAACUGAGUAACGUGGUUUAUGUACAACAACUGAGUGAAAGUGAAGAUUUCAAUCAUCUGGAUUAUAUUUGGGGAAAAGAUGUACGUCAAAUCGUAUAUGAUGAUCUAAUAGAUCUAAUUGAAAAUUAUUAAACAUGCAAGACGAUUAAAUAUUGUUUUUGAAUUACAAAA